AGGUUUUCUGUCCGUUCUACGAGAAAACAGUCCGAAUGUGAACACUGCCGUGUGCGAAGCCACCCAGAUACAGCUGCCUGACAGCUCAGUGGAGAACAUAGUGUGUGCCCAGAGCUUCCACUGGUUUGCAACAGAGGCUGCAUUGCAGGAGAUGACUAGAGUCUUGGUGCCUCGGGGACGAAUAAUGUUAAUCUACAACAAAAAAUCGUACACGAGUGCGCCAUGGAUGACUAAAAUGGAGGCAAUUUCGGACAAAUACUAUGACGACACACCAAGAAAGUCUUCCGGCCAAUGGCAGAAGACCAUGGAAUCAUCGCCCCUCCUGCGAUUCAUGGAACACACGUUUUUGGAUGGUUUUGCAUACAUGAAGGGAAACAAGAAGUUUAUGCUUGAACAUUUUACGUCAAUAAGCGUCAUUGCCAAGCUAACAGGAACCGAGUUAGAGGGUGCAGUUGAAAAGUUCCGCAGCGUCUUGGACGAGCACUUCUCUGACGAGGAAGAAAUUGUCCUGCCCUUGGAAUCAGAAUUUUACUGUGUGGAAAAAAGCUAGUGUCUGUAUUUAGAGUCGGAAACUGAGACUUAGUCUCAAAUUUUAACAGCCUAAUAAAAUGACAUUUGGUACACAGUAAGAUUAAGUCUAAUAUUGCAAUUGUGUGAUUUGAUUUUUAGAAAAUUUUAGUUGAUAAUAAAACUUUACAUGUAUUUCAAAGUAUUUUUUAGAAUAUAAGAAAGAACUUAGCUGCAAUAUUUUUAGUGAUUUUUUUUCUAUAUUGC